AUGGGCCCCGGCGGGCGCUGGGUGCGGGCGGCACACACGGCCCUCAGCGCGGCCCUGGCGCUCGGGCUCCUCCUGCACCGCACGGAUCUGCAAAAGCAAGAGGAGCGCGGGGAGCUGCUGCAGCCGCUGAUCUUCGUUUUGCUGGUUUUAUGCUCCAUCCUGCUGUACUUCAAGGUGUCUCUCAUGGAUCCGGGUUUUGUUAAGCUUGAAGAGGAAGUGAAGGAAGGUGAAGAUAAAGGACAAGGUGUGGUGAUCCCUCAGCUUCCAGGUGACAUUAAGCUGCGGCGCUGCGGUUACUGCCUGGUGAAGCAACCCAUGCGAGCCAAGCACUGCCAGCAGUGCCAGCACUGCGUGCGGCGCUACGACCAUCACUGCCCCUGGCUUGAGAACUGUGUAGGAGAAAGGAAUCACCCUCUCUUCAUAGUUUACCUGAGUGUGCAGCUUGUGGUUCUGCUGUGGGGAGGCCAUGUUGCUUGGUCAGGCCUUUACUUUGAACAAUCCCGGGAGUGGCUGCAGCACAACAUUUUCCUCCUUGUGUCCUUCCUCCUGAUACUCAUAUUCACCAUUGUGGUCCUGCUGCUGCUUGUUUCCCACCUGUACCUGAUCUCAUGCAACACCACAACCUGGGAGUUCAUGUCCCACCACCGCAUCUCCUACCUGCGGCACUCCAAGCUGGAGAACCCCUUUGACCAAGGGAUAAUCCUCAAUCUCUGGAGAUUCUUCUGCUCACGCCACCUCACUGCAUGGGAGAACAUCUAUUUUCACAAGAACACUGAGCCUGUCUAGUCCCAGUGUGCCAGCACACCUGGCAGGCUGCUGGGUAAAACUUUGCUGCUGUUUCCUUGCACUGAACUUUACCACAUCAUGGACUAUGCAACCUGCUCCACAACCUGUUCAUCUGCAAAUUACAUGUAAGGAAUAGUCAGGGUUAUUUUUUAUAUAUAAACAACACUCUUAAAGGCAAGAAUACAGUUCUGGGAAGGGAAGAGCCAGCAGAGCUGAUUUCCAGACUGAGCAAGGUAUCUCUAAAUUUAUUAUCUUUUGUUAAGUGCAUCCACUAUCCUGUCUCUCAAGAAGAAAUGCAAGCUUAGUGUGACUAUUCAUGUUCACUUCUCUUCUCCAAGGUCUCCCUUGCCUUUUGCUGCUAGGGAACAGCAGCAAUUACAGAUAAAACCAGCCAGGAUCAGUGUAAUUCCUGUGGCCUUUUUUCAGCCAAGUUCUGACUGUGAGAACUGCAGUGCCUUUUGGCAGUAGCAUCAGGCAUGUAAGAGAAAUAUUUGAGUAAAUAUUUCGAGAGCCAAAAGCAAAUUUUAUUUUGUCCACAUGCCUCAACUUAAUGCUUUCCAUGAAGACUUAAGGCUUAAUACUGUUAAUGUGCAUAAGAAAGAGCUGUAAGACAUCCAAAUAAUCUUAUGAGAUAAUUAACCUGUAUUUUGUGAUGCCCUGAGCAGCUUCCUCACAGCUUUUUAAGUUGAUGAUGCUGCUAACAAUUCACUGUUUUGAAUCAAGUCAGUGAAGAAUACCAUCACUUUCCUUUGGACAGAAAAGUAAUCCUUGGCUACUGAGUUAUUUCUGCAGAUAACUUUGUGCUCAGGCCUUUGCUGCAGGGAGAGAAGCAGGAGCAGAGGUGAGUACCUCAUGCCUAAAGUAACACUGCUAGUAAAACUACUACCUCAACUCACUAGUGACAUUUUAAUAAAAUAAUACAAUUUCAAUGGAAGAGAAAAGCUGCCAGGUCCUGAGAUGAGAGAUGCUGACAGCUUUCAGAACAGCAGCAAGAGGAUCUGUUUUCCAUUGAAAUAAAAAGUCAUACUUCAGAUUUCCAUGGGGAACUGAAAGGAAGUUUGGGAUGACUGAUCUUCGCUUUAAAACAAAAAAGGCUGUGGUGUGAAUUUUAGUCCUGACCCUUUUCUGUUAAAACAAAAACAAACAAAACAAGAAAAACCACCACAACAAAAUGUUAGCUAAAAUUGUCUUGUGCCUUAAUUGUCUUGGCUCAGGAAUUAACACCAUCUCAGAAACACUCAGGGUUUAAAGUUGAUGAACACUCAUGAAAAAAUAGUGUAGUUACUAAUACACCAUGACAGUCCAAAAGCAAUUUAAAUGCAGCAAAAGAUCCCUUUUUUGAUCAGCUCCAGAGUUUGUAAUCUCUGCAGAGUCUGCUUUGUUCAGGGUAGAAGCUUUAUCAGAGGGAUAUCAGAAUGCUAAGGAUUGUUUUUGUAAAGAAGUGUACACCAUUCAGAAGUAUUCUGCAGGUUGCUUGUGUUGCUGUGGUACCUGCUGAAGUGUGGAUCAUCUGUCACACUGCAAUUCCUGAUUCUUCAGGUAUCAGUCAAGUGAAACUUUAACAGCAGGUACAACAGCUCAAAGCACUUUUGCUCUGUCUGGUAUUUCUUUAAAAUAC